AGCUUCUGGGCAUUUUUGAGCCGCACAUGAAGCUUUUCCUUAUCCGAACCGACCAUCCUGUGAAGCUAUUAGCGACCUUGCCAAUCAGGGGGCCAUCACCAACAUCCUCCUACCGAUUCCGCCUCCUUUUUGACAGCCUGUCGCGCUUCCAGAAGAUCCCCCGGCGGUAGUACACAAUGGCGAGAUCCCACACAAGCGCCAGUGAGAUGGACGUAUCGACGUUCGAGGGGAGGAACACUCCCGUCCCGCAAGACCCCGGAAACGUCACCGGUUCCGAGAGGAUAGAAGAGAAAAAGCGCGACAUCGAGACACCCCCAUCGCUCUCGUCCAAGGAAGACCUGUCCACCCCCGCCGCCGGUGCGGCCGCCCCGGCAGGCCCGCAGCCCGGCUCGGGCUUCCACCCGAGCGACUUCCCCGACGGCGGGCGCGAGGCGUGGACGGUGGUGUUUGGCGGCGCGUGCGGCCUCUUCUGCACCUUUGGCGUCAUCAACUGCGUCGGCGUCUUCCAGACCUACUACGUCGACGGCCCGCUGCGGGCGCACGGCCAGUCGACGGUGGCGUGGAUCAGCUCGCUGCAGGUGUUCGGCAUGGUCGGCGGCGGCGUCGUCUUCGGCCGCCUGUUCGACGUGUACGGCCCCCGCCCGCUCCUGAUCGGCGGCACCCUGACGUACGUCUUCGGCCUGAUGAUGACGAGCCUCUGUACCGAAUUCUGGCAGUUCCUGCUCGCCCAGGGCAUCGUGUCGUCGAUCGGUUCCAGCGCCGUCUUCAACGCGUGCCUGCCCGCCGUCACGUCGUGGUUCUUCCGCCGCCGCGCCGCCGCCUUCGGCAUCGUGGCCGCCGGCUCGUCCCUGGCCGGCACCGUCCUGCCCAUCAUGAUCUUCAACCUCAUCCCCCGCAUCGGCUUCCCCUGGACCAUGCGCGUCCUCGCCUUCAUCGUCCUCGCCCUCCUCAGCGUCACCAUCGCGACGGUCAAGUCGCGCCUCCCUCCCCAGCCCAAGCCCCUCGCCGUGUCCGAGUACCUCGACGGCUUCAAGGACCCCGUGUACCGGCUGAUCCUGGUCGGGAGCUUCCUCUUCUUCUGGGGCAUGUUCCUACCCUUCACCUUCAUCAUCCUGCAGGCCCGCCACGCCGGCAUGGACCCGGCCCUGACGCCGUACCUGCUCCCCAUCAUCAACGCCGUCAGCAUCUUCGGCCGCAUCCUGCCCGGGCUCGCGGCCGACCGGCUGGGCCGCUUCAACGUCAUGGUCGUCAUCACGGGCCUCUCGGCCGUCUUCACGCUGGCGCUCUGGAUCCCCGGCGCCACGACGGCCGGCAUCGUCGCCUACGCCGUCAUCUUCGGCUUCGUCUCGGGCGGCUUCAUCAGCAUGUCGCCGACGCUGAUCGCGCAGAUCAGCGACAUCCGCAAGAUCGGCGUCCGCACGGGCCUGGCGUACGGCAUCCAGUCCUUCGGCGCCCUGACGGGGCCGCCCAUCGCCGGCGCCCUCGUUAGCGCCAUGGGCGGCUCGUACCUGGGCCUGCAGCUGUUCUGCGGCCUCACCAUGGGCGUCGGUGUGCUCUUUUUCGUCGCCGCCAGGUACGCGUACGGCGGGAGGAGGCUGCUGCAAAAGAUCUGAUUUUUCGGAGUUGCAAACGGUAUUUGUUCCCUUGUUGCUGUCGGGAAGGCGGUGACGUCGCUUUUCCUCCCUCCCUCGUACACUCCUCUCCUGUGCUGUGAAUUUUGGCCCUCAUUUUGGGUCUGGUUGUGCGUUGUUGUUUUUUUCGCUCGACUUCCAGUCGAAAUCUUGCCUUAGCGUAGAACACAUACAUAGAAGCGAAUGCCGCCAGCGGCAUGGAAUCAUGAAUAAAAUGCUGAUAGAUUUGCCA